UUCAGUGGAGAGUAUCGUGUAAUGGUACAGAACUGUUACAAAUGUCCACACAUUUUUAGAAAGUAUUUUAAUAUAAACAGUAACACUUCAUUCUUAUAUUAUUCUGUUUUAAAAUGGAUUUGUCCAUUUAAAUGCCUCCAAACAUACUAAAUUAUUGCACUGCCUCAGUUGCAUCAUCAUCAUCACAUUAGUAUUAAUUCCUGUUUGAGUUUCUGAUAUUAAGUGGCAAACAAAACGUUAACAGAAAUAGGUAGAAUAACAACCAAAACUUCGAUCAUUUAAGCAUAUACAAUACAAUAAAGGAAGUUAAAUGAGCAUAUUUGAGGAAGUUUUCCCACCAUAGUACAAGGACAUCAGUUUGCUGAUGCAAGUAUAAGUUUAUUAUGCCUGUUGUGGGUUAAUAGAGAAGCUUGAACACUGACACAUCGAAGGAGAGAAGUGUAUUCCUGUUUGACAAUUCUUAGUGACAAACACAUGCUUUACAUCACUAUAUUAAUGCAGCUGCAUCUAUCAGCUGCUAUGGACUGGUCAGUUUCAUAUAGCCCUACAACCAUAUGUGCAAUUGAAGGGCAUUCUGUGGAUUUCAGCUGCUCAUUUGAUUAUCCAAACACUCGCACUCUUAAAAUAUCAAAAUGGUUCAAGCCAGAAACUCACCAAAAACCAGACGGGUCACAGCAGGGAAUAUUUGUCUAUCACUCCAGUGCUGAAGAGAUUAACAAACGCUACCAAAAUAGAACAGUGUACGCAAACCAAAACAAAAACUGCUCAUUAAAAUUACACAAUGUCUCCGAAAGUGAUAUUGGAAGAUAUUUCUUUCGCUUGGAAACAAGUCGUGGGGGAAAAUUCACUGGAUCAGUUGGUAUAAACCUCAACGUAGCAGUUCUACCUUUUAGAGUGACUGUGAAUACAGAAAAUGUGAAUGGACAUAUCCAUGAAGGGGACUCUGUGACACUGACGUGCAGCACAGAAAACUGUACCCCAAAACAAGAACCACUUGCCUGGUUUAAAAACCAAAUUCUGCUACCACACACCACUGAGAGUGAGCUCAGAUUCUCCUCUGUUUCUUACGAAGAUUUUGGCAACUACUCCUGUGGUCUGAAGAACAGCAACAGAACUUCAACAAACAAAACAUUACUUGACGUGAAAUAUAGUCCUAAGAAUGUUGAAAUAACCAUCUCCCCAUCUGGAGAGAUACAAGAAGGAGACUCAUCGACUCUGAUCUGUAAGAGCAAUGCCAACCCUGUCGUGAAAAACUACACCUGGUUUAGAAUCAGCGGAACAAACAUCUCUUAUGUAGGAUGCAGUCGUGAAUACUCCAUCAGAGUUGUCAGUCAGAAGGAUGACGGACAGUACUUCUGCACUGCCAAAAAUGACAUCGGUUAUCAAAACUCUACAGUCAUAGCACUGAAAGUUAAAGUGCCUGGUCGUCAACAUUUUGUACUGGCCGCUGUGAGUGCAUUAUUGUUUGGAAUUGCUGUAACGUUAGUUCUCUUUUGCCUAUUUAAAAGGAGGAAACAGUUGGCAACAGAGAAGAAGCCCACAGAACAGAAACCUAAAGCCACUGUCACAGAGAAGGUUUAUGAAAACCUUAGAAAAUCGCCCAUGUCAGAGUUUGAAGAAAACUUCACCAACCUGACUUAUGCAGAACUAAUGCUUCCUCCAUCAACUUCAGACAGGUAUGUAUGUAUGUAUAUAAGUAUAUAUGUAUAUAUCUAUGUAUGUAUGCAAGUAUGUUUGUAUCUAUCUAUCUAUCUGUCUGUCUGUCUGUCUGUCCGUCUGUCUGUCCGCCCGUCCGUCCGUCCGUCCGUCUAUCUAUCUAUCUACAAAACCGGUCAAAAGUGUUUCUCAUGAUCUUAAAAAUCUUUUGAUCUGAAGGCGUAUGCUUAAAUGUUUGAAAUUAGUUUUGUAGACAAAAAUAUAAUUGUGCCACCAUAUUAAUUAAUUUCAUUAUAAAACAAAAAUUUUAUUAAAAAAAAAGUUUUUGAAAUUGAUAACUUGGACCAAAUAAUAAAGAAAAGCAGCCACUAAGUGCCCAACAUGGAUGGGAACUCCUUCAAUACUGUUUAAAAAGCAUCCCAGGGUGAUACCUCAAGAAGUUGGUUGAGAAAAUGUCAAGAGUACAUGUCUGCAAAUUCUAGGCAAAGGGUGACUACUUUGAAGAUGUUAAAAUAUAACACAGAAUUGAUUUAUUUUGGAUUUUGUUUAGUCACAACAUAAUUCCCAUAAUUCCAUUUAUGUUAUUCCAUAGUUUUGAUGACUUUACUAUUAUUCUAAAAUGUGAAAAAAAAAAAAAAUUAUAAUAAUAAUUAUAAUAAAGAAUGAGUAAAUGUUUCAAAACUUUUGGCCGGUAGUCUGUCUGUCUGUCUGUCUGUCUGUCUGUCUGUCUGUCUAUGUAUCUCUAAUCCACAUAAGAACAUUUUUGUUUUGUAGACCAUGUCACAACAGUGAAGAAGACUGCACAGUGAUCUACAGCCUUCUUAGGAAAAAAGAGAAUCACUGAAUAUAUCUCAGCACUGUAAAGAUUUAUAAUAAUGGGUUUUGGCAAGGGUAUCUUUUUAUUCAAAAGUAACACAUUUUGUUAGUUGUUUAUACAUUUAAAAUGAAUACAAAAUUAUUACUUGGUCACGGAGUACAAAAUCACAAAAGAAAUAAUAUAUACAAAAAAAAAAAAAAAAAAAAUCUAUAAAUAUAUAUGUACAUCUUUAUGCAUGUAUCUGUAUUUACAUCCACAUUUACUGUCCCUUGACCCAAAAAAUCAUACUUGGGUGUAUUUAUGUAACAACAUAUUAAUUUGAAAAUAUAACUUUGCAAAAACAAAUAAAAUACAAAAA